AUGGCCUCUCCGUGGUUCUCCGGCCCUCUUCCAUCGCUGGCGAUUUUUGGUCCCCAGAGCAAGACACCAUCCGAUAGAUACCUCUCGGAGCUGCGCUCCUACAUUCGGAGCAAGGCGGUCCUGGUCCCGUUGGUACAAGCCAUCAAAGACUUGCCUCGAGUUUGGGCAGCGUUCCGGCCGCUUCAUCCAGGCUUUGCGACGUUGGAAGAUGGCCCCAUAUGCCUCCAGAACUUGUCCGACUGGAUUUCUUCGGAUGAGGAGGGCAUCGGUGCCCUCGACGGGGUGCCGUCGGGGAUGCUGGCGCUCCCUCUCUUGUUAGUCAUCCAUCUGGCCCAGUACUUUCAGUUUCUGGACCAGACGAACCGCACCCAUCAUGAGAUGAUCAACCAUUUCCACAGCGGAGGCGGAAUUCAAGGGUACUGUGGGGGGAUGCUGGCGGCCGUUUCCGUGGCCUGCGCCCGUGACGAGGAAGAAAUUGUCGCCCAUGCGUGCAAAAUUAUCCGAAUCGCUGUGGGCAUUGGAGCGGCGGGGGAUGUGGGAGAUGACAACCCGUCGAAAAUGUCGACCAUCAUGGUGAUCCGUCUGAAACAUGCAGGCCAAGCGGAAGAGAUCGUUAAGUCUUUUCCAGGAACUCAUAUAUCGGCCAUCACGGAUGCCAGAACGGUCAGCAUCGUGGGACCGGCGAGGUGUUUACUGGAGCUCCAGCAGUUCGCCGUCGCGCAAAAGUUGACCGUGCAGUUGAUACCCCUGCGAGGGAAAUUACACCAUCCCGACAAUCUCCAGUUAGUGGAAGAGCUAUCCAAGUUUUGUGACGCGGAUGAGCAAUUGCGCAUUCCCCACGCGGCCUGUGCCCUGGUUCCCUUCAGGUCCAACCGGACGACGAAGAUUAGCACGGAAGGCUCCUUCUCGCUCGAGAUUGCACGGACAAUCCUCGUCGACAAGUGCGAGUGGUAUCAGCUGUUGUCCGAAGUGGCCAUGGAUCUGAGCCGCACCGGCCGAACGACACAUUUCCUGGCAGCGUUCGGAAUCGGAGACUGCGUAUCCCUCAAGCCUUUCCGGGAUGCUGGGGUCCAGAUCUCGAAGAUGGACAUGUUCACCCUCUUGGGCAUGUCUCCUACCCGAGCCCCGGAACUGGAACCGAGUCCUGGCAUCCCAACGGACCAGUCUUCCCGUGCGAUCGCGGUGGUCGGCCUAGCCGGUCGAUUUCCAGGCGCCAAUAGUGUGGAAGAGCUGUGGGAGGUCAUAUCCUCGGGAAAGUCCAUGGUCCAAGAAGUGCCCACAGAGCGCAUUAACUUCCAGGACUCCUUUCGCGUCCAGUCAGACUGCAAAUGGGCCAGCAAGCAGAAAUUCUAUGGGAACUUCAUCACCGACCAUGACUGUUUUGAUUAUUCAUUCUUUCGAGUCAGCAGCAAAGAGGCCACUUAUAUGGAUCCGCAGCAAUGCCUCCUGCUCGAGACUGCUUACCAGGCGAUGGAAUCGAGUGGAUAUAUCUGCUCCACCCAGCGCCGAGACGCUGGUGACCGUGUGGGAGUCUUCCUCGGCGCCAGUUUUAUUGACUAUCUGGAGCAUACGUCUGCUCACGCACCGAACGCGUACACCGCGACGGGAACGAUCACGGCCUUCUUGAGUGGCAAGGUCAGCCAUUAUUUCGGAUGGACGGGGCCAUCCGAAGUCAUCGAUACUGCCUGCUCCGCAUCUCUAGUAGCGAUAUCUCGCGCCUGCCGAGCGUUGCAACGCGGAGAAUGUACGACUGCCUUAGCUGGAGGCGUCAACUUCCUAGGGACUGCAACACAUUUUCUCGACCUAGGCAGGGCAGGUUUCCUCAGUCAAACAGGCCAAUGCAAGCCAUUUGAUGCGGCAGCGGACGGUUACUGCCGGAGCGAGGGGGUCGGCUUGCUGGUUCUCAAGCCGUUGGUGGAGGCCAUGGCCAACCACGAUAAGAUUUUCGCAGUCAUUCCGGGCAUCGCCACAAACCAAGGCAGUGACCCCAAGUCCAUCACUGUUCCGCACACUGCCUCGCAGUUGCAGCUGUACAAAGACAUUUUGCAAGAGGCCAACAUGAGUCCCUCGCUCGUCACAUACGUGGAAACCCACGGAACGGGCACCCAGGUCGGAGAUCCCGUCGAGAUCGAAGGCAUUAGGCGGGGAUUCGCCAGUCCGACAAGAGAACAUGCACUGUAUGUGGGAUCAAUCAAGGCCAACAUCGGCCACUGUGAGUGUGCGGCGGGUGUGGCAGGGGUGAUCAAAGCCAUUCUCAUGAUCAACAAAGGCCUCAUCCCGCCAAUGGCCAAUUUCCAACGCCUUAAUCCGAAGAUUCCGUCGAUUGAACCUGCUAAGAUGGUCAUCCCGACCGCAACUCAACCAUGGAGGGCGCCAUUCCGGGCAAUUUGUGUGAACAGCUAUGGCGCGGCGGGAAGCAACGCAGCCUUGCUGCUCUGCCAAAGUCCCCAGCAGGACAAACCCGAUGCAGCUCCUUACCCGAGGUUGCCUUCCCCUUAUCCCAUAAUAUUGACGGCGGCGUCGAGAAAUAGUCUCUCGGCGAAUGCGAGAAGCUUGAAGAAGUAUCUCGCAGGAUCUGCACCAAAAAUUGGCGAUGUGGCACUAACCCUUUUUCAGUGUCGAAAGCCGCAGCGAUUUGCUUGGACGUGCACCGCUGAGGAUAUCUCGACACUGUCGGGGAGCCUCGAUGCUUUGGAAAAAGUCACUGAAGUCCCACAGACUCCCAAAAAGCUGGUGUUGGCCUUCAGUGGACAAGCCAAGCAAGCAGUUGGGCUCCACAAAGGGCUGUAUGAAUCUUGCCCUCUUCUACAACAGCAUCUCGACCGAUGUGAUCAUUAUCUCGUGAGGAGCGGGUCGCCCUCCCUUUAUCCGUGGAUUUUCCAAACUAAGCCCCAUUGUGAUGUGGUCCUGUUGCAAUGCUCAUUAUUCGCCUUGCAAUAUGCUUGUGCCACGGCAUGGAUUGAGUCCGGGUUGAAGGUUGACGCUGUCGUCGGCCACAGUUUCGGGGAGUUGACUGCGAUGGCAGUUGCAGGUGUGAUGUCCCUGGAAGAUGCCAUGGAUCUCGUCAGGACCCGAGCGCAGUUGAUUCAGUCGAAGUGGGGCCCUGAGCAAGGGACUAUGGUUGUCAUCCACGGUACAGAGGCAGUGAUUCACGACAUCAUCGCUCGUUUGCCUGACGGCUCGGGAGAAGUCGAGAUUGCAUGCUACAAUGCGCCGACAAGCCAUGUUAUCGUUGGCUCAGCUGACGCGAUUGCCGCCAUCGAGAAUAUUCUGCUCCAGGAACCUUCCUUUAGAGGCAUAGCGUCUUCCAAGGUAGACACCACGCACGGCUUCCAUUCCCGAUUCUCAGAGUCAUUGCUCGGGGACCUCGACGAGGCCGCCGAGCGAUGUCACUUUUCCUCCCCGCAGAUUCCCGUGGAGAGUAGUACGCGCGACCCAGUAAGCCAUAUUUCGUUCCAGCGAAUCUCUCAGCACAUGCGGCGGCCGGUCUUUUUCUAUCACGCGGUGCACCGGCUGGAGCAGCAUCUCGGCUCAUGCAUCUGGCUCGAAGCUGGCGUUGAUUCGCCAAUCAUUCCCAUGAUAAAAAAGGCCGUUUUAGCUCCUCAAGAGCACGUUUUUCUACCCAUUAAGCUUGGCACUAGACAGAAUCCGAUGGAUGCAGUUAGCGAGGCUACUGCGCAGUUAUGGCGUGAGGGCGUUCCCGUCUCUUUCUUUAACUUCAAGACUGCUGGAGUCAAACCGAUAUGGCUUCCCCCUUACUCAUUCGAGCGUACGAAAGCCUGGCUUGCCUAUGUGGACCCGAUCCAGGAUGCGCUCCGCACUCGCACUCUCAAAGCACCAGAGCCUCGAACAGAAUCGAAGGGAGUCUCGUUGAAAUUGGUCCGUCCUUUGACAGACGCGCAGCAAGAUCCUCACACUUUGUGCUUUGGCGUUGGUACGCUGACCGAACGGUUUCGGUCCAUUGUCACAGGCCACAAUGUGAUCGGCCAUCCACUGUGCCCAGCUGCCCUAUAUAUUGAGUUCGUUAUAAUGGCUGCGACGUCUGUACUAGAUAGCGGUGAUAGGCCUGGGUUUUCAUUAUGGGACUUCCGCAUCGACGCCCCACUUGGGAUCGACACGCGCAGGGCUGUCAAUUUGACUAUCCGAGGAAAACACAGUCCUGAUUGGACGUUUACCGUGGAGAGUUCGGCAAUUGGAAAUCUCAAGUCCAAAUCGACUGUCCAUGCGAAGGCCAGUUUCAGGCUCUUUGCCGCCCUCGAUGACCACCAGGCGAGACAGUUCCAGUAUCAACAGAGAGUUGUCAAAGCGCGCUUGAGCAACUUCAUGGCCAUCGCACCGCCGACAGAGACCUUCAGAACUCGCCGGGCUUAUAAAUUGUUCUCCCGUGUGGUAAACUAUUCCUCAAUUCUGCAGGGCAUCUCCGUGGUCGUGAUGGCUGGAACUGAGGUCAUGGCAGAAUUAGCUCUACCGGCCGCUUCUGACACGGAAGAAAGUACUGCAGUUAGUGCCUGUGAUACCAUAGCUCUGGAUAACUACGUUCAGGUCCUGGGCCUACUGGUCAACACGAGCGAUCUCUGCGCAGAUGACGAGGCCUAUCUCGCCACCGGUGCAGAUUCCAUCGUCGUUCACCCUGGCUGUGAUUUUAAAGCCAUGCGAAAGGGGCGCGUAUAUGCCUCCUUCUGUGCCGUGGGCGAUGCCAAGGCAACAGGAGAUAUUUUUGUCCUUGACAACGACGAGGCCUUAGUUGUGACAAUCACUGGCAUGCACUUCUCUAAACUGCCACUCAGCACGCUUCAUAAAAUUCUAGGUCCAGUUACUCAGGACGACACAAUUUCCCGGAGCAGACUGAAUCAGCAAUUCAGUGCCUGCCCGGCUAUCCACCUCCCAACCCCUUCCACAACGGCACCCAAAGUCCUCAAUGAAGGUCCGUCCACUUCAUCUACACAGAAUGGAAUUGAUGAGGCGAGCAUUGUAGCUCUCAAGAAAGUUAUGGCUGAAUUUAUCGGACUGAGCCCUGGGGAGAUUUCAAUCAAUGCUGCGAUAGCCGACUUGGGUGUUGAUUCAUUGGCAGCCAUUGAACUGGUGGAUGAGCUGCGGUCGCGAUUUCAUGUUGAAAUUGGCAGUAACGAGGUUCUUGCGACCAAUAUUGAGGGAAUUGUUCGUUUGUUGCCCAAAAUGCAGAGUUGGACGCCUGAUCUUGAUAAGACACUGUCUGGAACGAAUCCUUCCAGGAGUGCUUCUACGGGAAUUGUAUCUUCCUUCCUCUCUCCGGCUUUCAACCAAACUUCUAUCAACUCUGGGCGGCAAGAGCAUAUCCUCACCUUGAUUGCUGAGUACGCUGCGAUCGAUGUCCAGUCAAUCACACCAGACGCAACGUUUGAGGCACUCGGUGUUGAUUCGCUUUCCUUGAUUGAGCUCAUAUCUUCAGUCCAGGAAGCAUUCGGAGUAGAGCUGGAUUUUGACCUAUCUACCACCGUUACUGCUUUGGUCUCUCUUCUAAACCAGACAUCCGAUCGCAAUAUGUUGCAGCCGAUGCGUCCACCAUUAGCUGAUGCGACACAGGUCGCAUCAAAUCCCAAUUUUGAAACCUCCGCGUUGAAGGAUGCUGUGUACAAGGUGCUCGCCGAAUAUGCCGCAGUCGAUAUGUCUUCGAUCGUGAAAACUGCGAGUUUGGAUGCUAUUGGAUUCGAUUCUCUAUCAUUAAUUGAGCUGAAGUCCGCUUUGGAAAUUUACGGAAGUGAGCUCGAGCUGGACCUGAGCACCACCGUGGAGACUUUGCUUUCCACAGUGGGUGCGGCGUCGAACGCUGUCUACGAGCCCCUGACCCCAUCCAGCAGCCCGCCAAAUCGUUCACCCACCUCAUUGGAACCACCAGCCAUCUCCUUCUCUCAAAAGGACGAGUGCUUAGGAAAUACAGGCCUCGAUAAUAACAGCAGUCCCAGCCGCGACCCUCUUGAGGCUCUCAAUGACUGUCAGAGUCUAUUUACUGCGGCUGCUGACCGCCAUGGGUUGACUGGUUAUUGGGAAACAGUUGUGCUCCAACAGGACGAAUUGACCGUCGCCUAUAUUACUGAAGCGUUUGAGCAACUGGGUAUACGUCUCCGCGACCUCCGAGAGGGUGAGACCGUCCCGGAGCUCGAUUGCUCGCCAAAGCACAGCCGGCUCGUAUCACGUCUGUGGGAUAUCCUCACAGAAUACGGAAUCGUCAAAAGGCGAGGAUCCCAGAUCACCCGGUCGACAAAGCCUCUCCCGAGCUUGCUUCCUGAGGCCUUGUUAGAUCGGUUGACUACCUCCCAUCCUAAGUACACCACAGACGCUCAGUUGAUAUCUGUGACUGCGCCUCAUUUGGCUCGAUGUUUGACGGAGCAAGAGGAUGCUGUUCGGUUGCUGUUCGGAACUCCAACCGGAAAAGAUGUGCUCAACAAGUUCUACAGCGAUUCACCGCUCUUCAAACCAUCGACCAAUCUCCUCCUCGAUCUGAUGGACCGAGUCAUACCGCGAGGCAAUCUUCAAGCGCCAUUCCGGAUUCUUGAAGUCGGUGCUGCCGUUCAAUACACAUUCACAGAUAUCUCGCCCACGCUGGUUAAUGUGGCAAAGAGGAAAUUUUCGCAGCAGUAUCCUUGGAUGGACUUCUGUACCCUGGACCUGGAAAAAGACCCCCCAGCCACCCUGCAAGCGAAGUAUGAUCUCGUCCUUGGAACCAAUGUGGUGCAUGCCACGUCCCAUAUCACUCGUUCUUGUACGCGCAUUAAAUCGAUGCUCCGAAAAGACGGCUUCGUGGUGCUGCUGGAACUGACACGCAACAUCAACUGGUUCGAUCUCGUCUUUGGGUUGCUAUCUGGCUGGUGGUCAGCAAAAGACGGGAGAAACUAUCCCCUGCAACCACCUCAUGCAUGGGUUAGCUAUCUUCAGGAAGCCGGGUUCGGCUCCUGCGGAUGGACCACAGGUUCGACAAAGGAGUCGACUACGCAACAGAUCAUCAUCGGUUCGACUAGGCUUCACAAGAUCGGAACCAAGAAUGAAACCCAGCGUUACGAGCUACGGACAGUGCCAUAUAAAGUGGUCGACGAUCUACCAAUUGAAGCCGACAUCUACUAUCCUCCGCCUCAAGAUCGAUCCAGGAACAAACCGAUGCCGAUCGCACUGAUGCUUCAUGGCGGUGGUUAUAUGACUCUCUCCCGGCGAGCCAUCCGCCCUCACCAAACUCAGUAUCUUCUUACAAACAACCUCCUACCCAUCUCCCUUGACUAUCGCUUGUGUCCUGAGGUUGACGUGCACUCUGGACCUAUCACCGAUAUUUGCGAUGCCUUGGUUUGGGCCCGGACUACUUUACCUGGGAUCGCCAAAGAGCAAGGAGUUCUGGUGGACGUGGACAAGUUGGUCGUAGUGGGUUGGAGCACUGGUGGCCACUUAGCGAUAACAACGGGUUGGACCUGCUUCGAAAAAGGCGUCAAACCUCCGACCGCGAUUCUGAGCUUUUACGCCCCAACGGACUUUGAGCAUGAGUAUUGGACUCUCCGAGAUCUAGGAGCAUACCCCGCCCCCACCAUGGAUGUUGAGAGCAUUGAAAGAGCCCUCUCCGGCAAAGUGAUCUCCCACUACGACGGCCCCAAGGGUAUCGGCGCCUCUGAAGAGAAUCUCGGCCUCCUGUGCCGAGGCGAUCCGCGUUCGGAACUGAUUUUGAAUCUUUUUGCUGGUGGCAAUGGUCUCUCUCUCCUCCUCAACGGUUUCACGGGCUCACUGAACAGACUACUACUACCCACUACAAUCCAAAUCCAGUCGUUAAGUCCAUUGGCACACGUACGCGACGGGUCAUAUCGCACACCGACGUACAUCAUUCAUGGGGAGAAAGACGAGGUCGUCCCAUGUCAGAUGAGCGUGACCUUCAUCAAGGAGAUGAAGGCGAGAGGUCUGGAUGGUGAGGUGCAAGUGGUGCCACGCAGAAGGCAUAUCUUUGAUUUGACAUUGAAACCGGGGGAUGCGCAGUGGAAGAAGUGGAUAGAGCCUGGAUAUCAAUUCUUGUUUGAGCAUCUAUUAGUGGAGGGUACAGGUGACAACAAUACUCGAUGA